AUGAGGAGGAUGAUGAGGAUGAGGAGGGAGUAUGAGUUUGUCCAGCACGAAUCCUACACGGCGCUCGUACUCCAGCCUACAUCACCUGGGCCCUCACCUGGACUCCCACCUGAGGCUUCCACCUGGACUCACUACCCGCCUCACCCGGGGACUCACCUGGACUCCCACCUGAGGCUUCACCUGGGCCCCUCCCCCCCUCAACGGGACUCACCCCUGAACCUCUCAUCCUGGGCCCUCCACUGCGACGCGCCGCCGCCACGCCUCAAACCUGGUGUGGUUCACCUGGACUCCCACCCCUGUGCCUCCCACAAUGGAUCCGUCCGCCCGCCUCUACCUGUGCUUGUCAGCCUGGUACCAAAGAGCUUACCCGCUACCACCUGGGCCCUCACCGAUCUAGGAAUCCCAGCGCUGGGCCCUCACACUGCGCAACCCCGCCGCCUCUGGCCUCACCUGAAGUACCUCCCGCCGCUCCCGGCCUACUGGUGUACCGGCGGUCCUGCCCUGGCCGCACUGCGCACCCGGGCCCUCACCUGGACUCCCACCUGGGCCCUCACCUGGGCCCCGCCGCCCGCCUCACCUGAACCUCAUCUGGGACUUCACCUGAGGCUUCACCUGGGCCUCACCUGGACGCCGCCUCACCUGGGGACUCACCUGACCUGGGCCUCACCUGAACCCGCCUCCCUUUCAUCUGGGCUUCACCUGAGGCCUUCCACCUGGGCCCUCACCUGCACCCCGCCGCCCGCCUCCUUCACCCUGCCUCACUGGACCCUCAUCUGGACUCCCACCUGGGCGCUUACCUGGACCCCGCGCCCGCCUCACCUGGGGACUCACCUGAACCCUCACCUGGGCCCUCACCGGACCCCGCCGCCCGCCUCAGCUGGACUCCCACCUGGCCCUCACCUGGACCCCCCCGCCCGCCUCACCUGGGACUCACUACCUUUUUCCUCACCUGGGCCUUCAUCAUGGACUCCCACCUGA